AUGAAUGUGAUUACUGUUGACUGGUCUGGUGGUAAUCAGUUUCCGUAUGGUCAAGCGGUGGCCAAUACUGUAAUAGUGGCCGCUGUUAUUCGACAGCUCCUUCAAGCAAUAAUCAAUGUCGGUGCACAACCACAACAAAUGCACUUGAUCGGCCAUAGUUUGGGUGCACAUAUAUCGAGUUAUGUGGGACGAGAUUUACCUAAUUUAGGACGCAUCUCUGGCUUGGAUCCUGCCGGACCUGAUUUCUACGUUUCUCUGAUUCCUGACCGUCUCGAUCACUCCGAUGCUCUGUUUGUGGAUGUGAUUCACACGGAUGGUGCACCUCGCGUACACUCUGGUUUCGGUCAUUUGGAGCCAUUGGGACAUGUGGAUUUCUAUCCUAAUGGUGGUUCUGCUCAGCCCACGUGUGGUAGUAAUACCGGUGCCGUCUUACUACAAUCGGCAUGGAGUUUAAUCAGUACCUUUAAUGUGGCAAAUGCUGCCGAUACGUUUGCCUGCAAUCACAUGUCAGCCGUGUACUAUUAUACUGAUUCAAUCAAUACACCUUCGCCGGCUUUUGCUUAUCCUUGUUCGGACUAUAAAAGUUUCGAGCAAGGUUUGUGCACAUCUUGUGGUUCGAGUCCCAAUCAAUGCCAACGAAUCGGCUAUCAUGCUUCACCAUCAAAAGCACUUGGUACACUGUAUCUCAUGACAUUGCAUGGAGUCAAGCCACCUCAUUUAGGCUUUCACUUCAGAGUGACACUUGAAUCGGACAUGAACGACAAUGAACAGCAAACACGAGGCAUCAUCAAAGUCAAAUUCGAUGAACAAGAAGAGGACGCAUCGUUGUUCGAUCAAAAUACACUGCUCAAACGUGGCUCUAUCAAUUCAAAAACGAUUCUCAUUGCCAACAAACCCAAGACACUGAAAAAGAUCAACAUUUCAUUCAAAAAAAGUCUAGGUUUCAGUCUCGGCAUUGGUCUCGCCGAUCAAUGGAAUUUUCGUUCUGUCAUUGUGCUUGAUAUGCAAUCCAAUUCCAGUUACAAAUUUUGUCCGACAUCGAAUUCACCGAUGAUCAAGAGCGGCUCGAAUCUGACGUACAAAUUAUGUUGA